AUGCGAGCUGGCACUGUGACUUUCGUGGCCUCCCUUGGUAGCCUGCGGAAUUUCGGGACUUUCGCGGUGGCGGGACCGAAGCAAGCUGCACCGCGGCGGAACUCGAGCGAGGCCCGUGUGUGGUUGCGACGCUCGCCCUCAGAACGUCGAGUACCCAAGUUUCUCGUACGAGCAUCUUCGCAGGAGGAUAAAGAUACAGGUAAAGCGGGGGACCGUGGCUCUUUUGGCUCCAACGAGGAGGCAGCGUCUGGUGUCGGGAAACCGCAAGGAAGAAACAACUUGCAGCCGUCACUGGACCUGGGCUUCAGUUCGGAGUACUUGACCUUCUUGGAUAGCGUUGAGCUUCCGGAAUCGUUUCCGAGUUAUUCACACUGGUUAAACCUGCCGAAGGGGAGACCGGAAUGCGAGCAAUGCCGCGGAGCAGGCGAAAUUUUAUGCCCGGUGUGUGAGGGCAAGGGUUACUACGCUCUUGAGAUUCUCGGCACCGUAAGUGCUGGACAGUGCGGCAUGUGCCGCGGUACGAAGAAAUGUCCGUGUCCGACAUGUAAGGAGCAUAUCUAUCUCGCGAUGAGCGACCACGGGGCAUUUUCGCGCAAAGGCAGUGAGACAAGCACUGACGAACAGGUCAGCCGUUUCGGUGUCUCCUGA